CUCAUGUGAAUCAUGUGUAGCUGGCUUUAACUAAUGGUUAGUGAACCUGAAAAUGAAACUCCAAAAAACAACGUCGAAGACCCUAAAGAUGAAAAAGAAAAGGUUACAAAAUUUGAAGAUGUGGAAGAGAAGAUUUUGGUGUAUGGUUCAAACAGGACCGUCACGCCAGAAGAUAAAGAUAAAGAAAAAGAAAUUAAAAAGAUAAAACCUUUGAAAAUGGUGACGAGGGAGCAAUGGGGGGCAGACCCUCCUACAAGACUGAACCCAUUUGUGGGAGUGGCGCAAAGUGUUCGGCUUAUUUUUACCGACUCCAAACCUUGCCGGAGUAAGAAAACGUGUAUUAAAGUGAUCAAGAAACUGCAAAGAACUCACAUGCGCCAAGGGCUGUCAGAUAUUGCAUAUAAUUUUCUGAUUGGAGGAGAUAUACGCGUCUACGAGGGUCGUGGAUGGAAGGAGCAUCCAGGCAUGACAGUAGGCACGCAGAACUUUAGGACUUGUGAUGACUUGGUGGUCGCCUACGUUGGAACAUUUGAUGACAACAUGGAGUACCCAGAGAUGGCUGACAAGGCACUGGAGGUGCUUGACUACGGCUGGGCCUGCGGGUACAUGACAGGUGAUAUCGCUUCUAGUGGAGGACAAGCGCCCCCAGCGUCAUUUGCCAACACCGGCAUUGACAUCCCUUACCGACCUGAGUCCAUGUAUGCAUCCACAUACGACUAACUGGAAACAAAUAACAUUAUUUUGCAUAAUACCUUUUAUUAAAUUACAAGAUAGUAACAUAAUUUGAAAUAUUUACCAGGACUGUUCGACU